AUGACAGUCACCAUCGCCCGCAGAAAGAUCCUCGGUAUAGGCUACCCCAGAUUCGCCAUCCCUGAAUGGCAAGCCCUCGCCGAGGCUUACGAUAUCCACUAUUUCGUUCCCGAUGAGCGAGAGCAGGUUGUCAGUGAGGUCAAGAGGCUUUGUGACCAGGAGGGGCCGUUCGAUGCUGCCUAUGUUUUGUUCGGUACGGCAGCAUACUCGCCUUUCCACCCCGACAUGUUGAGCCCACUGUUCGAUAAACCCGGACACUGUGGUCUCUUUGCCCAAGGCGGUGCUGGCAAGUCCCCCAUUCGCCCUCCCGCUAUCUCUACUGACACCGCUGCAGGAUACGACGACGUCGACUACCCCUACCUCGCCGCCAACGGCUGCUAUCUCUCCAACACCCCACACGCCGUAACCGAGGCCACCGCCGACAUGGCCAUCCUUCUCAUGCUCUCCGCUGUCCGUGGACUGUACGAGAGUGAGCUUAAUGCGAGGGAAGGCAGGUGGAGGAAGGACCUGGCGUUGAGUGAUGAUCCGACAGAGAUGACUAUUGGCAUCAUUGGGCUUGGAGCGAUAGGAAAAAGCAUGGCGAGAAAGACAAAGCCGUGGGAUAUGAAGAUCCUCUACCACAACCGUAAACCUCUUCCCAAAGAAGAGGAAGAGGCCCUCGGCGCUACAUAUGUCUCCCUCGACACCCUUCUCGCUCAAUCCGACAUCAUCUCCACCAAUUGUCCCCUCACGCCCGACACCCGCGGCAUCCUUUCGGACAAGGAAUUCGAAAAGAUGAAGGACGGUGUCUUUAUCGUCAACACUGCUCGUGGUGCAGUUAUAGACGAGCCGGCUCUCAUCCGCGCCCUCGAAUCUGGCAAAGUCAAACGCGCCGGCCUCGACGUGCUCACCACCGAACCAUGCGUCUCUUCACCGCUGUACAGUAUGAAGAAUGUCACGCUCCAGCCGCAUGUAGGGGCCCUUACUAAGGGCACGAUCCUGAGGGGAGAGAGGGAGGUAUUUGCGAAUGUCAAGCAGUACAUGGAAACGGGUGUGCCGGUCAAUCCUGUCAACAAACCUGUCAGGGUCCACAAGUCUUCCUAG